AUGAAUGCCCCUACAAAGAAGCAUGGGGUUAGGAAAGGGAUUCUGGAUAAUAAUGCAAAAUUAGCUAUUCUUCUUGAGACUAAGGUGAAAACAGAGAAUUGUGCUGCUGUUUUUGACUCUUUCAUUUCAAAUUGGAAGUAUCUCCAUAAUGGAGAAGUAGGUUCUACAGCUCGCAUUUGGGUGGGAUGGGAUUCGGUUGUGUUUAAAGUGGAGGAGAUUCUAAAAUCUGACCAAUUUAUCCAUUUGAAAGUAACCACUUUGGGAUCCUCUCUCAGUUAUUUGUGCACUGCUGUCUAUGCUUCUAAUUCGGUGGAGGAGAGGAGGGUUCUUUGGAGGGAUGUUACUAGUUUUGGUUCUAGUAUUUCAGGUCCUUGGAUUGCUCUAGGGGACUUUAAUAUUGUUCGACAACAAAGUGAGAAGCUUGGAGGAGAACCUAUCCGUCAGGAGGCUGUUGAUGAUUUUAAUACUUUUAUUUUUGACACGGACCUUAUGGACUUAAAGUGGAAGGGGGAAUUAUUUACUUGGAAUAAUAGGCAAGGGGGCAGCUCUCGAGUUUGCUGCAAGUUGGAUAGGGUCAUGGUUAACUUAUUUUGGUUGGAUGUUCUCAGGUCUUCAGAAGCUACUUUUCUGCUCCCAGGGCUUUCGGAUCACUCUCCAGCUGUGAUUUCAAUUCUUGAUGGGGUAAAUUUUGGUCCUAAACCUUUCCGGUUCUUUGAGGCUUGGAUUGGUAGGGAGGGGUUUGAUGAAGUGGUAGCUAAAGGGUGGGACAGCACGGUGAAUAUGAAGCUUAAUCCUAUACUUAGGUUUGCUGCCAGGCUCAAAAAUGUCAAGACAGAGCUGAAGAAAUGGAAUAAAGAUAGUAUUGGGGAUGUUUUUCUUGCAGUGAAGGAGGCUUCUUCGGACUUAGCUCAGAUCCAAAUCAGCCUUGCUGCCCAUCCCAAUGACCUCAAUUUGGUUUCUUUAGAAACAGCAGCCAAGAAGAAGUUGUGGGCAGCCCUUAAUACUGAAGAAAAGUUUCUUAAAGAGAAAUCUAGAGUCAAGAACAUUCAAUUGGGGGAUGGUAAUAAUAGCUUUUUCCAUAAGUCUAUGGUGUGCAGGCAAAACAGGAAUCACAUUUUGGAGGUGUACAAUGCCGAAAAUGAGGUUAUCAAGGAUCCGAAUCUGAUUAAAGAGGAGGCAAUUUCUUUUUACAUGAAUUUGUUUGGUGCUAAUGUUGAAGAUGUUGGGUUCUUCCCAGAGACUGUCCCUUUGCAACAUAGUCGGACCUUGUGGCAGAAGCAGUUACAAGGAGUUGUGGGGAAGGUGGUUAGUGACAACCAGUCUGCGUUUAUCAAAGGCCGCUCCAUUGUGGAUAAUAUUCUAGUAUGUCAUGAUGUGGUUAGGGGUAUAGAGCAGAAGGGGACUCCCCCUACGGCGGUGCUGAAAAUUGACUUACAUAAAGCUUAUGACUCUCUAAGUAGGAAGUUUCUUUUUGAGAUCAUGGAAAGGAUGGGUUUUCCAAGCAAGUUUAUUCGGUGGGUGAAGGCUUGUGUUGAUACUCCUAGUUUCUCGAUCCUUCUCAAUGGGAGCCCAACAGGUUAUUUUAGGGGCAAGAGGGGGAUAAGACAGGGGGACCCGCUAUCCCCUUAUUUAUUCACAAUUGCUAUGGAAGGGUUUUCGGCCUUAAUGCGGAAGUUGGAAGUUGAGGGACAGAUCAGCCUGCUUCCAAGGUGCAAAAGCUCCCAUCUUACACACCUGAUCUUUGCAGAUGAUUUGAUGAUUUUUGUGAAGGCUGUCCCUGACUCUAUUUUGGCUUGUUUGGGGGCUCUGUCUGAUUUUCAUACUUACUCUGGGUUGAGACUCAAUAGAGCUAAGUCCUCUAUUAUUUUAGGGGGCCUUACCCAAACGGCCAGGCUGCAACUAUUGGAAUUAACGAAUUUUGUGGACACUAAGCUGCCCAUUCGGUACCUUGGUGUUCCACUUGUACCUCGUAAACUUUCUAUGGCAGAUUGCUCCGCUAUCUUGGAUCUAGUGAGGCGAAGACUUGACGGCUGGAAAGCUUGUUUCUUAUCCUUUGCAGGACGGUUGCAGCUUCUUACCUCUGUUCUUCAGGGCUGCUAUAUAUAUUGGUCGGGCAUCUUUGCAUUACCUGGUGGUGUCAAGCAAAAGCUGGAAUCCAUGUUCUCAAAUUUCCUUUGGACGGGCCCCUCCUUGGAACGAAAGGUACAUUAUGUUUCUUGGGAUAGAAUUUGCAAACCUAAGGAUGAGGGUGGCUUAGGUAUCCGCAGAAUUUCAGAAAUGAAUAUUGCGGGUAUCCUUAAGCAAAUCUGGUGGAUUGCUUCCAAAAAGGACAGCCUGAUGGAUUUGGUUCCCAAGUUGGGUUUUUGUGCUACUGUGCAUUACAUUUGGUGGGAGAGAAACCGAAGGCUGUUUGAGAACAAGGUUAGAACCCAUGAUCAGAUUAUAGAGGCAAUUCGUCUUGAUGUGGCCAUUAAGUGUGCUGCCUUUCCCAUUUCUGCUGUCCACAGCCCAAGGAACCAGUUCUUGGCUGAUAAUUGGGGGAUUAGGGUGGAUUGGAAGGUGAUUACUCAAAAAACCUGUGCUUGGUUUAGACCUCCUACUCACAUGGCAGUCCUUCACUGUGAUGGGUCCUUAACAGCUGAUAGAGCUUGCUAUGGUGGAAUCAUUCGUGAUGAUGCAGGUGUUGCCAUAAUGGCGUAUGCGGGGAAGGGAGAUAUUAAUUCUGUUCUAGGCAUGGAGCUCUUUGCAAUUUUAAAGGGGGUCACUUUUUGUAUUCAGAGGAACCUACUUCGGGUUUCCAUCAGAUCCGAUUCCAAAUUGGCAGUAGAUAUUCUUAAUGGGGCUGUGGACUGCCCUUGGAGCAUGCAAAUCUUGAGGGACCGUAUAGCUAUGCUACUACAGCAAUUACACCGUAAGGAGAUCAAACAUGUUUGGAGAGAGCUCAACCAGCCAGCAGACUUUAUUGCAGCCAUGGAUACGGGGGAUGGGGAAGCAAUUUUUUAUCCACUUGAUUUCCCACAGGACCUGGUGGAGUUGGUUAAGAAUGAUUCAGAUG